UAAGAAUAUCCAGAACCCCCUUGAAUCUCUGCAGAGGAACCAGUGAAAGAAUCUCUGGAACCUCUUGGGAACCUUUGAGCAUCCCUCUGUUGAUCUCUGGAAACCCUUCAAGAACCUCUGCAAAACCUCUUGAGAGAACUUUGAGGUCCAUCCCACAAAGAAGCGUUGAACGCUUGAGGAACAACGAGGAAAAACCACCUGAGAGGAAACAUGUUUUCAUGUUUCAUGCUCUUGUUUUGUGUUUUUAGUUGUUGUUAAUUGUAUUUUGCUGGUUUUUGCGCGAGUGCCAGAUGAUAAAAAACAAAAGAAGGAAGCAGCGAAUCGUCACUGAGCCACAGCACCACCUGGUGUGUGGAGCCAGGAACUGCACCCUCAUUGGUCAACCGAUGGAUAUGACUUCACUUCCGGUACAGUCGGCAGAGGACGCGGUCACUACGUCAUCACGUCGCGCCCAGUGCGACAGACACGCGAGAGGAGGCUUUAUUUUCCUCGGGUGAAAUGUCGGUGUUUCACGACGAGGUGGAGAUCGAAGACUUUGAAUAUGACGAGGACACCGAGACGUAUUAUUUCCCUUGUCCCUGUGGGGACAAGUUCGCCAUUACUAAAGAGGACCUGGAGAACGGGGAGGACGUAGCGACGUGUCCGAGCUGCUCGCUCAUCGUGCGCGUGAUCUACGACCAGGAGAUUUUCACGUCGGGAGAAAUUGUAGAAACGUCGCCUACAGAAACCAAACUGGAGCUGGUUAAGACCUGACCCCCCCGACCCCCCCCCCCAAUAAUCAUCAUCACUACGACUGUUAAAAUCUUUGGUUGCAGGAAUGAUC